AUGAAAUAUUCUGUAAUAAAUUUACUUGUUCAAACAGUUGUUGCUUCUGUUGCUUUAGCUGCUCCAUUAGAGAAAAGAGCUCCAAAAACUUUGAACUUAUCAUUUGAUGUUGUUCUCACCAAUAAUAACGAUACAGGUGUUCCAGUACAAUCACGAGAUGAAACAAUACAAAUUCAAUAUAGGGAUUUACAAUAUAAAACUCAAAUCACUAUGGGUUCAAACAAACAAUCACUUUAUGUUGCUCUUGAUACAGGUCUGAGUAAUUUAUGGUUCCCAAGUACACACGUUACAUGUGAAAACGGAGUGUCAUGUAAAAGUUAUGGAACAUUUAAUGAAAAAACUUCAACAACUUACAAAAAUUUAUCAAUUCCAAUUUAUGCCAAUUAUGUUGACGGAAGUAAUGCAUUUGGAUAUUAUGCAACUGAUGAUUAUUAUUUUGCUGAUGGUACAAAAUUACCAAAUUUACAAUUUGGUUUAAUUACACAAGAUGGAAAAUACAGUGGUCUUUUGGGAAUAGGAUUAGAAAAACAAGAAGACACUCCUCAAAAAUAUCCAAAUUUCCCAUUUGCUUUGAAAAAUGCUGGAAUAAUUGAUCAUGCAGCAUAUUCAUUAUAUUUAAAUAAACCAGAUGCUCAAUCAGGAAAUAUUUUAUUUGGUGGUGUUGAUACAGCAAAAUAUGAUGGUGAUUUAACUAUUUUGGAUGUUGCAAAUUAUCCAUGGGUUGGAGUUCAAGUUCAAUCUUACACUUUACCAGAUGGAACUACUCAUGAGUUGCAAAUAAAUGCAGCUUUAGAUUCAGGUACUACCUACAUUGGAUUGAUUCCUUCAGUUGGUAGGCCAAUCUUGGAUGCAUUAGGAGUUGAUGACUCUGGAUAUACAUAUUGUGAUUCUGUAAAUUUCGACGAUCAUUUAACUUUCAACUUUGAUGGAGUUAGUAUUAAAAUUCCAUAUACUUUGUUGUUCACUGAUCAAGGUUACAAUAUGUGUCGAUCAAGAAUUUUUUUGGAAGAUAAUGAUAAUUCAGGUAACUUUUUUGGUGACACUUUUUUACAAAAUGCUUAUGUCGCUUAUAAUUUAGAUACUUUGAAAAUUGGAUUAGCUCAAGCCAAUUAUGCUACUGCCUCAAAUGUUGUCGAUUUCUGGUUUUGA